AUGAAAUUCAAUAACGAAACAGAAAAACAGGUAUUCGAAAGGCUCUGGAAGGAACUCUCCAAUCUAAUUGAGAAGGAUUGCCAAGGAUAUGACGAAUUGUAUGGUUACAAGCUUUUAGAGGGAGAGUUUUACGAUGAAGAGGUUGCUAAAGCACUUGUUUAUAAAUUUUGCAAAGCUUACCAGUUCAACUAUGAAGAAGCUGUUAAAAAUUUAACUGAUACUCUUAAUUGGCGUCGCGAAUUUGAUCCGUUGAGUGCUGCCUUUAAAGAAACUCACAACAAGGCGUUAGAGUCAAUUGGUAUCCUUACAUUGUACCCCAAGGCUCCUGCAAACAAGAAAGUUGUUACAUGGAAUUUGUAUGGCGGGCUUCUAAAGCAAAAGGAAGUAUUUGAGAAUGUUGAAAAGUUCUUACGCUACAGAAUUGGCUUGAUGGAGCGUGGGCUAAAGUUGCUAGACUUUACAGAUGAAAACAAUGACUAUAUGACACAAGUUCACGACUAUAAGGGUGUUUCAAUGUGGAAAAUGGACCCUCAAAUAAAGAAAUGUACCAAGCAGGUGAUUGAAACCUUCCAGAAAUACUACCCUGAGUUGUUAUAUGCAAAAUAUUUCGUAAACGUCCCAAGCUUGUUGACAUGGGUUUACGAUGUCGUCAAGAAGUUCGUGGGUGAAGAGACUCGGAAGAAGUUUGUAGUGUUAAAUGACGGCAAUAAGCUGGGUGCCUAUAUUCCAUUUGCGCCAUCGACACUGUAUGGAGGGAAAUCUGCGGAUUCUUUGGCCACACAAAACGUGACAGACGUCAGGCCAACCCCAUAUGCUUUGAGCUUGCUGGAGAAAGAGAUGACUACUGAGAUCGACUGA